AUACUAAACACACAUAAGCACCUCUUCUCUCCAAGAUCGCAGCCAUUCCCAUAGAAUGGACGAUCUCAUACUCACAUUCCUCGCCCUGGCCGCGGUUCUCGUCUUCUUCCUGUCCCAAAAACCCGGGAAGAACCGAUACAACGUUCCUCCCGGGCCUCGGGCUCUUCCGAUCAUCGGAAACCUCCACCAAAUCUCGAGGAAAAACCCUCAACGUUUCCUCUACGGCCUCUCCCAGAAAUACGGACCCAUCAUUUCUUACAAGCUCGGCUGUCAGAGAAUGAUGGUGGUCUCCACCGCGGAAUUGGCCAAGGAGAUCCUCAAGACGCAAGACGCUAACUUCGCCAACCGGCCCAAGCACCGUGGCCAAAAGUUCAUGACGUACGACCGUCGUGACCUAGUCUUCAACCACUACACUCCUUAUUACCGGGAGAUGCGUAAGACGAGCAUCCUCCACCUGUUCUCCCCGAACCGCGUGGCCAGUUUCCGAAACUUUAGGGAGGAGGAGACGAGGCGUAUGAUCAGCAAAGUGGAAGAAGCCGCGGCGAAAAAUGAAGUGUUCGAUCUGAGCGAGUUCAUGUUGUCGUACACGAACUCGACCGUGUGCAGACAAGCGUUCGGGAAAAGGUACAACGAGUACGGUGCCGAGAUGAGGAGGUUCAUCAAGAUCUUGUACGGGACACAAGCCCUUUGGGGAUUGUUGUUCUACUCGGACAUUUUCCCAUGGUUUAAGUUCCUCGACAACAUUGCGGGACUCUCGUCUCGUAUGAAAGAGGCUUUCGAACUUCAAGACACCUACUUACAAGAACUUAUCGACGAGGCACUUGACCCCAACAGGGUGAAACCCGAAACCGAGAGUAUGAUCGAUCUCUUGAUGGAUAUCUACAAAAACCAGCCUUUCUCUACGGAGUUCACUCUCGAGAACGUCAAAGCUAUAAUCUUGGACAUAGUGGUCGCAGGAACGGACACUGCUGCGGCAGCGGUCGUGUGGGGGAUGACGUACCUUCAAAAGUACCCGGAAGUGAUGAAGAAAGCUCAAGCGGAGAUAAGAAACUUGGUCGGAGACAGAGGGUAUGUAACCGAAGACGACCUCCAAAACCUAACCUACUUCAAAGCCCUGGUGAAAGAAACCCUAAGGAUCGAGCCAGUGAUUCCACUCCUGGUCAACCGCGUGGCCAUUGAAGACACGAAGGUCGCGGGCUACGACAUUCCCGCGGGGACGACGGUGAACGUGAACGUGUGGGGCGUCUCGAGGGACGAGAAGGCAUGGGGCGCGAACCCCGACGAGUUCAGGCCCGAACGGUUCUUCGAGAAGGACAUAGACUUUAAAGGCACCGACUUCGAGCUUAUCCCGUUCGGAUCUGGUCGGAGGAUGUGCCCGGGAAUGCGUCUCGGUGUCGCGAUGCUCGAGCUUCCGUACGCUAACCUUCUCUACAAGUUCGAUUUCAAUCUCCCCCCGGGCAUGAAACCUGAUGACAUCAACAUGGACGUCAUGACCGGUGUCGCCAUGCACAAGGCCGUACACCUCAGGCUCGUGGCCAAGAAGGUUUACUGAUGAAAUGGAAACCUAUUUUCUUGCAUCAAAUACGAAAGUAGACAUGUAUGCAUGCAUAUGUGUGUGUCUUAUGUUGUGUUUUUACGUUUUCUUGUGCUUUAUUUGGAUCUCUAGUGAAUAGGGAACCAAAGAUAUUUGGUUUUCCUUCAACGUUGUAUUUUGGUUUCGAAGGGAAUCAUAUGAAUAAACAUCUCUGGUCUACUUGUUCUA